UUCUGCUCCACCCUGUCAUUCACUGUUUCUCACUUCGCUGCUACUUUCAACUUUUCCCCUUCCCUCUAACCUUCCUUCGGCUUCGCCUUCUGGGCUGGGGUCUGCACAAACCCUAAAAUCCCUUCUUCCGACGUGUCCUUUAACAAGUGGAGAAUCACACCCUUGUCUUCAAACUCUUCCCCCUCCUUAUUCUUCCAUUUCUUGUCUUCCAUUCCAUCUUCUUCCUAGGAUUAUUCUUCACUACGUAGGCUUCACUCUACUCAGUAAAGUAAAUCCCCCCUGAACCCACUAGUUCCUUUUUGGCGUCGCAAGUAAACUCAUUCUUGCGUGCGUGAAGCGAAGCUUCAUUCAGCCUCUUCCAACAAUAUUCGACGCUCUUCCUUAUUGCCUCUGCAAAAAGUACUUCUCAUUGUCAGGUCAUUCUUAAGGAUUGGAGCUGGCAAUGCCGCACCAGAAGACCAUUUUGCGAAGCUCCUUCCAUCUGUUACUUUUGCAGGUCUUAAUCAGAGUUGCUCUUGUGAGCUCCAAAUCUACAAUCGAGCCUUGCUCAAACUCCGACUCCUGUAAUGCCCUUCUCGGCUACACUGUUUACACUGAUCUAAAAGUCUCUGAGGUGGCUUCCCUCUUUCAAAUUGACUCCAUUGCUCUUCUCACCGCCAAUGCCAUCGACAUUUCGUACCCUGACGUAGAACACCACAUUCUGCCCUCCCAACUCUUCCUUAAAAUCCCCAUAACCUGUUCAUGCGUUGAUGGGAUUCGUAAAUCGGUAUCGACCCAUUACAGAACUCGGCCCUCUGAUACUCUUUCAUCGAUUGCAGACACUAUAUUUGGGGGUCUGGUGUCUUCAGACCAGCUUAGGGAGGCGAACUCCAUAGCCGACCCUUCAGUACUGGAUGUGGGUCAGAACCUUGUGGUGCCUCUUCCAUGCACUUGCUUCAAUGGGACCGAUAACUCUCUGCCUGCAAUAUACCUCUCGUACGUGGUGCAGCCCGUUGACACUCUGGCUGUGAUUGCUGCCAGGUAUUCCACCACUCUUACUGAUUUGAUGGAUGUUAAUGCGUUGGGAAGCACGGCUAUCAGCGAUGGCGAUAUUCUUGCUAUUCCUAUCCCGGCUUGCGCGUCAAAUUUUCCGAGUUAUGCGGCUGAUUAUGGUUUGCUUGUCCCCAAUGGAAGCUAUGCGGUUACAGCAGGCCACUGUAUGCAGUGUAGUUGUGGACCACAAAAUCUAAAUUUGUACUGUAUGCCUGCUUCUCUGGCCGUUUCUUGUUCUAGCAUGCAAUGUAAAAGCAGCAACCUUAUGGUUGGGAAUGUUACAACACAACAAAGCAGUGCUGGCUGCAAUGUUACUUCUUGUAGUUAUGAUGGUUAUGCUAAUGGCACAAUAAUAACAGCGUUGUCUACUUCUCUUCAGCCUCGAUGCCCAGGGCCACAGAAAUUUCCCCCACUCGUAGCUCCACCUACUACUGUUACUAGGAUUACAGAAUUGGCACCAGCACCAUCACCUCAGUCAUAUUCAGGUGGUCCGACAAACCCCAAAUCAUCAGUGGUGCCUUCGACUGGGUCAAUUCCUGGAUUCACCCGCGCAAAUGGGCCAGCCGUUGGGCUACUGUCCGGUGCUUCUGCUGCAAGCUCCUUGUUGAAUCCUAUACCCACUUUGACACCUGCACUUGUGUUAUUGUUUGUUAAGUUGUUGAUCUCUUUAGCAUGGUAAUCUCUUCAAUUUUGUGCCAGUGGGUUUUGUUUUGCCCAUUAUUCGUCAUGGGUGCGGUUGUGUAUUGUAGUCAUCACUGUUCAUUUGCCCCCUUUAACUGAUCUAUGCACCUGGAAAUCCACGGGCAUUUUGGAUUUCAUUGACGACUUGGCCUUUUAUGAAUUAGGGUUAGUAAUUCUGUCUAUAAUCCAUUAUCGAAACUUUAGUCGACACUCCGGGCUCCUCUUAUGGAAUGCUUUUCUUCAAUGUUCUACUGUUUUUGGUAACUUGAUGGUAGCUAGCAAUUUAAUUGAUUUUCUCAGUUGUGCCAAAUGUUAGGCAAACUUUGAUCUUUUUGAUGGAGAAAUUUUAAGAUUUGGAUUCGGUGAUUGUAUUUAAUAAA